AUGAAACCAGGCCAAAAUUCGAACACGAGUUGGGAAUCGAGUCGUGAGCCAAACGGGGAAUUGAGUUAUGACUUACGAAUUUCGGAUGGAUUCGAGUAUGAGGAGAAUUCGCAGAGGAACUCGUCUGACCGAAGUUCCAACUCUAACUGGGAACCGAUUGAGACUAGUCGCAAGUUCGUCGGUGAUUUGAGGGAGGUAAAAGGCGAGGCGAUUUUUGUCGAUGGAUCUCGAUACAAGGGAACUUGGGAUGCUCUGGGCAUGGCAGGAGUCGGAAGAUACCGAAUGCCGCACGACGUUCUGUACGAGGGUGAAAUGUGGGAUGGCAUGCAGCAUGGUCAGGGGAGGCUCGAGUAUCCGGGAAAGCAGAAGAUAGACGGAGUUUGGAGUCGUGGUCAGCUUCAGAAGUGGAGAUACACUUUCAGCGACGGUUUGAUAUACGAGGCGGAGAACUGGGCCUACUGCAAAUUUCCGGAUCGUCGAUUCAAUCAGUCGAAAUUGAACGGCCUUAAUCCGGCUGGAAGGUCCCUAAAAACGCAACAUCAACCGACCAAAGUGAUUCCUGCGGGCUGUUACGACACGGGCGAUGGAAUUUUCGAUCCCUCGACCCUCUGCGUAACGAAUUUCGAUAGGCCUUCAAAGAUAAUCAGAAUCCCAACGGCAGACGAGAUCAAAUGGAUAAUGAAAUACUGUCGAAGGGGGGAAUUGGAGCCGACAGGAUACCAGCCUUGGCUCAAUGAAAAUUGGUCGUCGCAGCCUCCCGAGCUGCCGUACAGGUUGCCAAUGUCGACGGAUUCGCCGGAGAGUUGGUGGAAAAGAAUUUUCACUUUCGAAAGAGAUACGAGCGUCGUCCUUGACACGAGGCGACGAUCUUCGAAGGAAAGUGAAGACGCCAAGACGGAAUUGGGAGGAAGUUCUGAUCCGGCGGAAUACUCUAUAUGCGUUUCCAAAUCUCAAGGCGAAUUCGAACCUCGAGCAGAGUCGGAUGCAGAAAAUCUGAUACCCGUGUGUGGUGUCCUAGACGUCUGCGGAGGGGACCGCGACUCGGAGAUGGCAGUCUUUCGAGAAGUCGUCUGUGAACCAAUGUCGUCGGGCGAAUACGAAGAUGAGGAUCCCGAUAACCUGAUGAUGACGGUCUGCGUUCCGCCGAAAGGAACCUACACCAUUACGCGGAGGAUACGAUCGGCAAGCACUCUGGAGAGCUUGGUAUCACGAUCAUCAGACUGGAUGUCGGACGACGGUGAGGGGGCGGGAAUUUACUGGGAACAGGACGAAGACAGUUUGAUAAGUGAUCGGGGUUCGGCGAAGGAUCUCAGCUUAUAUCACAGCGAUAUCUCGCAUUACGUUGAAGUUAAGCAAUCGGCAGAGGGCGAAGAGGUUGAAGACUGGCGUUCUUACUCUGACGCUCUCAGGACCAGCAAGGACCUCGGCGACUUGAAAUCCAAGUCGUUACGGAAGAAACGGAAGUUAGCUGGUUCCAGAAGGAGAACUGGAAACAUAAAAAUUUCUAAAAAAGUUCGGCCCAAAAAGCAGUUGCCUAAAAAACGGCCGUGUCCCGACGUCACUAACGCGGAUCAGCUUCUUCAGCGAAAGGUUGGAGACCUGUUGUUUUCACCGGCAUUAGAACCGCCCAGGUCGCCGGUUUACCUGGUUAAGAAGGUGUGCGACAGAAAAGUGUGCAAAAAACUCAAGGCCCGAAUAUGCAAGAAAUCGACAUGCGGAGCGUCCGCAUCGCCAGCUAAUUUACCCGCGAAAGAACGCAAGCCGCGAGUCUGCAUAGGUGAUAAAAAGAGUGCGUCAUCGGAUAAGAAGAAAAUCUGUUCGCCUUCCAGACCCUUCAUAAUCGUGAAGGAGCGGAACAACGCGCAACGAUCGAAAGUAAACUAUUUCGACGUAAUAUAA